AUUCAUUUUAAAUAAAACAAAAAAAUGGAAAAUAUCGAAGCUAUAGCUAAGGAUUUUAGGAUAUGUUUUGUAAAUCAUUUAAAUUUUUCGUAUACUUAUUUUGUACGCGGUUCGUGUGUACACACCCAAUAAUCCCUCCUCUCUCGCGUUCUCUUUGAAACUAGCAGCAGCAGGUAAACUGUGAUCAGGUUCGUGCCCAGGUGUGCACUUUUGCUUUCUGAGUGUACCCGCGAUCGGUCGCAUCGAACUGACGUUUCAGUGUAACGCGCGUACCUGUAAACACAACGAUCGUGCGUGAUCGAAACUUCGUAGUGAGAGAAACCUGUUGUAAGCAUUAAGUGCAGAAAAAAAAAACUACCGUAAACAUACUCCGUUUAGCAAAUGCUGUGCAGUAAAGUUGGCUAUCUUCAUUUGAUGAAUUUCAACUGUGUCAAGAGGAUCUAGAUUGGAGCGUUUCCAAACCCGUUCGAUGAUCGUGCUUGUGGUUGGUUGGGUUCAAGGCGGUUUGGAAUCGUACAGCUGCAAACACAGCGAUACUAUUGGCAACGGGAAAGAAAAGUGGACGUCGUGACACGAUUGUCGCACGCGGAUUGGUGAAUGUCAUAUUAUUUAACAGCGAGAAGGUGUAAAGUUUCAACCGAAAGAGUUGUGUGACACGUUAGUCUUUAGUGGCCAUUUCAUCGUAACAAUGGAGGUAGCGUGGCGUUUCCGGAUCAUAUUUGUGAUGGCCUUCGUAGUGAUUAUAUUUGGCGAUCUGCUUGGAUAUGGUGGUGCACGAAAAGAGCCCAAAGAUAAAUCACUGCUUUCAGGCUUUACCGAGGUUGAGACAGACUCGUCGAAGAUGAUUCCCACCGGAAAGGAAACCACAUCGACUGCACAGACCCGUACCAGUGCUUCCAACGAAAUCAGCGACAAUGUUGAUGGUGACUUCGAACAGGACCAAGAAACGGCCGGUCUCUCGUCAGCAGAGUUGGCGGCACGUAAGGAGAAGCUGAAAAAUUCACUACGGGAAGCGUGUCUUCCGAAGCUUCUGUGCGAGAUGGCAGCCAAGCCAAACUACUCACUAAACGUCCGUGAACGGGAUCUACUCUCACUGAUAAGGUCUACAACCUUAUCACUGACGAUGGCUGUGAGUCCAACGAAAUGGCACUUUGCGGCCCACAUGGGACAGCUCCUAAGAGACGCAGGCGAUGCGCUCGUGACACCGAUCGGAUGCUCACACCUUUGGCCCAGCUGUCCUUACAGCUCGAAAAAGCUGCUCAAGCUCACCAAUGUGGUGCACCUCAAGUAAGGGGGAAAGAAAAUCGCAACAAUGUGUUUGUUACGUGCAGCAGAGACCAACCGUUAUCAAGCGUUACGUCACGUUACGCGUGAGGGUAUCAGCGAAGUAAGAGUAAAAAAAAGGAAAAAGGAAAGCAAAAGACACAUCUUACUACCAUGGAAGCGAAUGUACAAAGAAAAGCUCCUGCAAAACCACCGAUUCUUCAUCGAUUUAUGGAACUGACCUUUAAAACGCUCGACAGUUAGGAUGUUUUUUGGCGUUUUGUUGCUCAAAAAGAACAUUACCCACAAAUUAUCAAGACACGUGCUUCCGCCAACAAUCAAAACGUCCAUACCGUCGACGCUUUCUUCGUCAAUGGACCAGAAAAACAAAGCUGCGGAACUGAUCGUUUUACCCUCAUGGUGUUAGCGUGCGAUGCGACGCAUUCGAGAGUCAAUUGUUUACGAGCUAGGAAGUGAAUCUCGAUACCAGGCAGUUUUUCCAGUAACGUUUUACUUUUUAAACAAUGCGCUGUGGAUGUGCUCUACGUGGAUAGGGCAGUAUAGUGUACGGGGUGGGGAAGCUAACAGAAAAAAAACUGCCCCCCUUUGUUGACCUUACACGGCUGAUUAAGUUUAGUGGCUGCUGUUCUCGCCAGUUAUUACCCACUGGCUCGAAGCGUUCCAUUAUUUUACUGCUCCUCAAACCACCUCAUCAACCCUGAUGACGUUUCGAAGUAACGCAUUACAACCUGCCUUCAAAUAUGUAACAGAGUGCUCGCUGUGAGUGUGAACAUUCCAAUGGCGGACGCUCAUCUUAAGCCAUCGUCAGCUUCCUGCUUCCGCGUAGGCUCCGAUGAGUGUGAUGAGUUUUAACCGCUUAACGGACCAUACGUGCGAAUGAUUCGAUUACGGACCCACCGUGCACGUGCGGGCUAAUUUAUGUGUUUAUGUGUGAAGAAAAGCGUACGGUACGGGUGGAGAUGGGGCAACUGGAUAGGUACAGAUGUUACAUGAGCGCACAACAUACCCGGUCCCACAGUUAAACAGUUCGGUGAACCGUAAAAUGUGAUCGAUAAACGUUGUCAAGUGUGAAAUAAUGGCAACACUGUAAUAAAUCUCUAGCAUAGGUAGGUAGGAUAUGAAUAAAUUAUCAACCGAAAGGUAGAAAGAAAGCACAGAACCCGCCAGGAGGAAUGUCAGGUGCAGAAUGUGAGAGAAAACAAUAAUUAAGUGCACUUAACUCUAGUAUAAAAUAUGAAAACGAAACAAAAAAAAUCGAAAACGCUUUUAGGAAAAUACGAUCAGGGCGCGAAUGAACUGUUGACUGUUGUAAAUAAAUAAACCCGACAAUGUUGACCUAGUGUAUAAUUAAAAAAUGCUCCAUCAGUAGAAUGUAACAAACUGCGUUAUAGAUUUUCCAUCACAUUAAUCCUACAUUCGGCCACCGUCAAUAAAUGCUUAACAUAGUGAUACAUUCUAGUGAUGCAUCGACCCUUUAGAAGGUGGCAAGAGUGUUUUAUUUAAAAGAUUAUACCACCAUAAGGUUACGUAUAAAUAAUGCUUUAUCGGAGCGAAGAAACACAACGAUGGCUUGUAAACAGAUAACAUUAAACUGUUGUAUUUUGAGCUACAUUUACUGCGCUCACUGAGUCGAGUGCCAUACGUCUCGCCCAACAUUGAAAUAUAGUUCGUCAUUUAAACUCAA